AUGGUCAAGUGCCAUGCGCUGCUUCACAUCGACGGCGACCCCAUUUUUCUCGUCUCACCUCCCGAAGGAAGUGACGUCGGCACCCGCUGCUUCAACACGGUAACCCACGAGUGGUUUAAGGCCGGCCGCUGGACGCUGCCCUUCUUCAACCGUGCUGAGCAUGUGCCGGAGCUUGGCAACCUAUGGUUCGGCAUCUGCAGUUGUAGUCCCAACCAGUUUUGCGCAAUGGACCUGUCGUCUAUUCACCCGGACAAGCCUCCGUCUUUGCUGUACAGUUGGCUAGACCUCGAUCUACCCGAGGACUGGGUGUUGCUGGAUUGCCGCUUUGUCUACUUGGGAGCCGGGAGGUUUUGCAUUACCAAAAUCUUCGAGUUUGGAGAGGAUGAAGACACGGGCCACCCGACUGAGAUGGGCGCUGUGAUCUCUGGUGUGGAGGUGGUGCACAGCGAAAAUACACUGCAGAUGGUCAAACACAAGUCCAAAUUCUACAACUACGUCAAGGAUACCAUCGCAUGUGUCUUCUAA